GGUUUUAGUCUAAAAACAAAUUUGGUGUGCUUCUGUUAUUGCAUAGAACUGGAUUCCAGGGAAAGAUAACCGAAAUGGUUUCCCCCCUUUCUUGAUUGAGAUAUGGUUUUGGCAGCUUUUUUAGUAACUAGCAAUCCGCUUUGUGGUUUCUUUAACAAGAUGGUUUUGAGGGAAAGCGAGUUAUGAUUCAUAUAGUCACAUUAUGACAUAUAUAGGUUCUAUAUAUACAGCAGCUUCUAGAGUACACACGAUGUUUAUGGUUCAUGUAUAAGUUAUACCUCACAAUAACUGGGCAUAUAAACUUUCUUACCGCAUUAGGCAUAGCAGAAUGUGAAUCAGGUAGGUUAGGUUCUGUCUGUCUAGUGCACAAGACAUGGAUGCAGAUUCGUGAUCUUCAGUGUAAGGUUAUCCCUAAGGUCUAAAACAAACCUUGAAGCACACUGAGAAAGGAGAAAAAUGGAGUCUCUAAUUCUUCAACUCCAUGAAAUAUCAGCUGUGAAAUUUGGCAAUUUCAAGCUCAAAUCUGGGAUAUCCUCACCAAUCUACAUAGAUCUCCGCCUUGUUAUAUCUUACCCUUCUGUCCUCCGGAGUGUUUCUCAAACCCUCAUUUCUUCUGUCUCUUCCACUCCAUUUGACCUUGUCUGUGGUGUCCCUUACACUGCUCUUCCCAUUGCCACCUGUGUCUCCGUUACUCAGAACAUCCCCAUGGUCAUGCGCCGCAAGGAAAUAAAAGAUUAUGGCACUUCUAAAGCCAUUGAAGGUGAUUUCAAGCAAGGUCAAAGUUGCUUGAUAAUUGAGGAUCUAGUUACAAGUGGCACAUCAGUUUUGGAAACUGCUGAACCACUGCGUGCUGCAGGGUUGAAGGUUAGUGAUGCUGUUGUUUUGAUUGAUAGAGAGCAAGGCGGGAGAGAGAAUCUUGAGAAUAAUGGAAUCAAGCUGCAUGCAAUUCUUAAGUUGACUGAAAUGGUGAAAAUUUUGAGGGAAAAAGGAAAACUUAAUGAGCACAUGCUAGAGGUUGUUAUGAGAUUCUUAGAAGAGAAUCAGAAGAUUGCUGCUUUGGCAACAAGAACUAAGUUCAACGCCUUUCCAUUAUUGGAAAGGGCUAAAUUGUCCAAGAAUCCGACAGCAAAGAGGCUGUUUGAGAUAAUGGCUGAGAAGGAGAGUAAUUUGUGUUUGGCUGCAGAUGUUGCAACUGCUGCUGAAUUACUUGAAAUCGCUGACAAGGUUGGGCCUGAGAUAUGCUUGCUGAAGACACAUGUGGAUAUUUUUCCAGAUUUUACUCCUGAUUUUGGUUCUAAGCUUCGCUCGAUUGCAGAAAAACAUAACUUCUUAAUAUUUGAGGAUCGUAAGUUUGCUGACAUUGGUAACACAGUGACCAUGCAGUAUGAAGGAGGGAUCUUCCAUAUAUUGGAUUGGGCUGACAUAGUAAAUGCUCACAUUAUAUCUGGUCCUGGAAUUGUGGAAGGACUGAAGUUGAAGGGUUUGCCUCGUGGAAGGGGUCUUUUGCUGCUUGCUGAAAUGAGUUCAAGUGGUAACCUUGCCAAGGGAGAUUACACCACUGCUGCAGUGAAAAUUGCUGAGGAUCAUUCUGAUUUUGUUAUUGGCUUCAUCUCAGUGAAUCCAGCAUCAUGGCCUGGAGCACCUGUAAAUCCCUCUUUCAUUCAUGCAACGCCUGGAGUUCAAAUGGUGACUGGUGGUGAUGCUUUAGGGCAGCAAUAUAACACACCAUAUUCUGUUGUCUGUGAUAGGGGCAGUGACAUUAUCAUAGUGGGUCGUGGCAUCAUCAAGGCCAAAAAUCCGAGCCAUGCAGCUCGUGAAUACCGUCUUCAAGGAUGGAAUGCAUAUUUGGCCAAGUGCAGCUGAAGCCUGUAUUCUCAGACUAAUAUGAUGAUGCCAAGUGCAUAGUUAGGAAGAAGAGUCCUACUUAUUCAUAAGAUGUACUUCAUUUCACCAUAGUGUAUAGGUAACAGCUAAAGCUGAAUGCAGCACUGGAGUUUUGUCUAAACAUUUUUGUCUAUUUUUCUCCAUUAUUAUAACAUUAUGUUAAUAAAAGAGAUAGAAUCAAAAAAAUAACAUUGGUUGAU